AUGUCACCCUUAUGUCCGGUCGUCAAGGGCGUUGACAUCGUCGAUAUCCGUCAAAAUGACGUGGAGUUUUCCCUGGUAAAUGAUAUCCAGCGAGGUAUAGAUCCUCCGGCAGGAACUUGCCGAUCCAUGCCCACAAUGCUUCUUUACGAUGCUCAGGGGCUCAAGCUGUUCGAGGACAUUACGUACCUGGAGGAAUACUAUCUCACAAAUGCGGAGAUUGACGUUCUACGGACACAUGCGAAGAGGAUUGUUGAACGCAUCCCGGACAAUGCGCAAUUACUGGAACUAGGCAGUGGCAAUCUGCGCAAGAUUGAGAUCCUUCUCCAGGAAUUCGAAGCAGCGAGCAAAAAAGUGGACUACUAUGCCUUGGAUCUGUCGCUCUCAGAGUUGGAGCGCACAUUCUCGGAAGUGUCCCUCGAUCAAUAUCAAUAUGUCAAGCUCCACGGCCUGCAUGGCACGUACGACGACGCCCUCACCUGGCUAGAAAACCCCGCGAAUCGAAAGGUCCCAACGGUGAUCAUGUCAAUGGGCUCGUCGAUAGGAAAUUUUGAUCGUCCUGCAGCGGCAAAAUUCUUGUCGCAAUUUGCCAGGCUCUUAGGGCCGUCGGAUUUGAUGGUGCUCGGUUUGGAUAGUUGCACGGACUCGGAUAAAGUGUACAAGGCAUACAAUGAUUCCAAGGGUAUCACACGGCAGUUCUACGAGAACGGGUUGUUGCAUGCGAACGCUGUGCUUGGAUACGAAGCAUUCAAACUCGAUGAAUGGGAUAUCGUGACGGAGUACGAUAACGUCGAAGGGCGGCACCAGGCGUUCUACGCGCCAAACCGGGACGUGACUAUAAACGGGGUACUACUUCAGAAAGGCGAGAAGCUAAUUUUUGAGGAGGCAUUCAAAUAUGAUCCCGAGCAGUGCGAUCAGCUCUGGCAUGAUGCGGGUUUAAUUGAGGACGCUGAGUUUGGCAAUGAGUCUGGGGAUUACCUUAUCCACGUGCUCUCUUCGGCUUCUCUCAACUUUUCAACGAGACCAUCACAGUAUGCGGCUCAAUCUAUUCCGAGCUUUGAGGAAUUCCAGUCACUGUGGACAGCAUGGGACAUUGUCACCAAGGCCAUGGUUCCUAGAGAGGAACUUCUUUCGAAGCCAAUCAAAUUGCGCAAUGCAUUAAUCUUCUACCUCGGUCACAUACCUACGUUUCUCGAUGUUCAUUUGACCCGAGCAUUGGGCGAAAAGCCAACGCACCCCAAGUCAUAUCGACUCAUUUUCGAACGCGGAAUCGACCCCGAUGUGGAUGACCCCGAAAAGUGCCAUUCUCACAGCGAGAUUCCAGACGAAUGGCCUGCCCUUGGAGACAUCUUGGACUACCAAGUGCGGGUUCGAAGUAGGGUGAGGUCCAUUUUUCAGAAGCAUAAUGUGGCUGAGAAUAGGGUGCUUGGUGAAGCACUCUGGAUCGGGUUUGAGCAUGAAGCCAUGCAUCUGGAAACGUUCCUUUACAUGCUUAUCCAGAGUGAAAGAACACUUCCGCCCCCCGCCGUUCCGCGCCCCGAUUUUAGGAAGUUUUUCCACGAUGCCCGGCAAGAGUCAAGACCAAACGAGUGGUUUUCGAUUCCCGAGAAGACGCUUUCGGUUGGAUUACAUGAUGAUGGACAUUCAGUUCCUCGUGACUCUUUUGGCUGGGACAACGAAAAGCCCCAGAGAAAGAUAACCGUUAAAGCAUUCGAAGCUCAAGCGCGACCAAUAACAAAUGGAGAGUACGCGAAGUAUCUACAGGCGAAUCAGCUGCCCCAGAAGCCAGAGUCCUGGGUCUUGAUCAAGCCCGAGACGUACCCGACUUGCAAUGGUGUCAGUCAAGACGGUAGCUACGCUACGAAUGAAUUCAUGGCACACUUUGCCGUUCGCACUGUGUUUGGCUCCGUCCCGCUCGAGCUAGCCCAGGACUGGCCGGUUAUCGCGUCGUACGAUGAAUUGGCCAAGUAUGCCAAGUGGGUGGACUGCAGGAUACCAACCUUCGAAGAGGCAAAGAGUAUCUACGCGCAUGCAGCUCGGCUGAAGGAAACUAGCCACGGCCUGAACGAAUCUCUGCCGGUGUUUGUUGAGCUCGACAAUUGCAACGUCGGCUUCAAACACUGGCACCCUACCCCGGUCAUCCAGAACGGCGACCGACUCGCCGGUCAUGGAGAGCUGGGAGGCGUCUGGGAGUGGACGAGCACGGAACUUGCACCCCACGAAGGGUUCGAGGCCAUGCAAAUCUACCCCGGAUAUACAUCCGACUUCUUCGACGGAAAACACAAUAUCAUCCUCGGAGGGUCAUGGGCGACGCAUCCACGGAUCGCCGGCCGCACUACCUUUGUCAAUUGGUACCAGCGGAACUACCCAUACCCCUGGGCUGGUGCCCGGCUGGUGCGGGAUGUCUGA